AUGCACUUUUUUGUAAAUUGGUAUUACCAAUUGGUUGCGCAGACAGCUUUGUGUAUCCCUAAGCUAAAGGAACAUAGCAGGAAAUCUUCUUAUGCUGCAAAGCGUACUGAGUCUCGUCAUAAUAAGAGAGCUAGAGUUGAAGGUAUCAGAAUAUUUGAGAAUACCGCAAUGAGAAACAUGGAUGUAGAUACUGAGGUAAUCCCAACUUCUCGUUCCGAUUCUGUGGAAGCAAUGGACGGUCAGGCCAACUCACCUUUUUUGGAUGCCGCCUCAAUGUUUGACAAUGACAGAGACGACAAUGAUUUCGAUGACAAUGUUGAAGAUGAAGUCAAUGAGAUCGAGAUUGAGGACUUCAACAGUGAAGACCCUUUUGCUGCUCCUGAUAUGCCCGAAAAUGAAGUCCAUCAAUUCAUAGCCAUCUUUACAGUACUAUUUGCUUCACGUCAUGUUGUUGAUAAGGGUGCUGCUGUCUUGAUUGAGUUUAUCAACAACCUGCUGAGAAUCUACGACCAAGAUUUUCAAUUACCAACCAGUCUUGCCGGUUUACAAAAAAUGACAGGAUUUUCUGCUAUUACAAAAGGCAUCAAGAUAUUUGUGGUGUGCCAAGACUGUCAUACAGUAUAUCAGGAUAUUGUAUCUGCUCCUCCUCGAUGUGUUUCCUCAAAACUUGGUGCCAGGUCUGCAUGCAACUGUAAUUUGACGAAAUCCAUAUCUUCCGGUGCCUUGGUUGCAAAGCGUGAAUAUGUCUACCAAUCCAUUAAAAAUACAUUGAGCGUUUUCUUCCGUCGCCCUAGUUUCGAAGCCAAGAUUCUACGUGGAACGAUCAUUGAUCCCAUGCAUAAUCUUUUCCUGGGGACGUCUAAGAGAUUAAUGGAUCGGUGGAUUGAUGAGAAGACAAUUGGACCUGAAGAGUUUGCUUCGAUGGAGAAAAUUGCAGAGACAAUGGUACUACCCAGAGAUUACACCACACUGACAACCAAAAUUGGAAAGGGCUUCAGCUACAUGAAAGCGGACGAGUGGAAAUCAUGGGUUCUGGUUUAUUCUCCUGUCUUGUUGCAUGGUAUUCUCCCUCCAUUACAAUUCAAGAACUGGAUGUAUUUCGUUGAUGCAUGCCGAUACUACGUAAAGCCCAGCAUUACUUUUGAUGAGAUCACCACUGCCCACAGCCUGUUAGAAAAGUUUUGCAAUGCAUGUAACGUAGACUAUACCGCCACUAUUCUCACCUGCAAUAUGCACCUACACCUCCAUCUUCAUGAAUGCAUUCGUGAUUUUGGACCAAAUUUCAAGACAAAUGGCAAAGACGGUUUUGAGGCGACCUACAUGAAAAAUUUUGUUCAGAAUGCGUAUAAGGGUGAUUAUGUCAAUGCUGUUCUUAAAAGUUCUAGCCAGAUCCCCUUCAUUCACACUCUGUCUAAACUUGUUACAACCUCCAUACCUGCCGCCACAGUCACCACUCUCUCCAGUCGCCCAUUCAGAUUGCAAGCAUUCGUUCAAGGCUACACUGAUCCUUAUAAUCCACCCAAGGGUAACGAGCCUCUUCCUCCUUCUACAUUUCCUCUAAAAUACAAAAAGCCAUCAGUAAUGGAUGAUUCCAACUAUCUCCAUUUACUUGAAUAUUACCAAGUCGCUUACAACCUCCCAGACCUUGCCAGCUAUCAGGACACGUCCUAUAAUCGCCCAGCACUUGACAAUCAAAUCAUCAAAUUGAAGUCAAUUGACAUUCUUGGUCAACACUAUCGAGGAACAAACAACAGCACAAUCAGUCGCGGAUCACUUGUUCAGGCAAAGUUUGUUGGUAGUAAUGGAAACAUUAUACUUGGAUUUGCUGGACAAAUUCAGUAUCUUUUUACACACUCCUUCCAACUUCCACCCACGCACAAUCUCCAUCUGACUCGCAUGGUUCAUGAUCAUCAACAUGUAUUCGCAUUUAUCAAGUGGUUUCGUACUUCCUCUGAUAGGUCGCGUGAGGAUGACGGUGUUGAAUUUUGUUUGCCCACGUUCUCUCCUGAUAGCUACCAUAGCAUUAUACCUGUACAUCGCAUCUUAUUAGAGGUUGCUACAGCUACUAUUGCGACAAGUAGAAAUGUUAGCAAAAUGCUGGUAAUUCCAUUGCCAAAGAAGCUAUAUGCUUAA